AUGUCGCCCUUGUGGAAGGCCGUCCUCUGCCUGACGCUGUUUGCCGCAUGGCGGUCGCAGGUGGAAUUCAGGACGAUGACUUCCCGGCGCCCGCGGCUUGACUGCGCUCAGCGUUGCCCUUGCAGCGGCCAGAGCUACCUCCACCGCCCUUACAGUUCCAGCCAUGUAGAGACGCAAGCACGCGCCCCCUUGCUCACCGAGGCGCCUCCGGGUGGCCACUCUGUGUCUGCGGCGGUAGGCGGCCACGCGGGCGGGAAGGCGUCGUGCCUGCCUCUCGCCAGGGAGGCCGGCGUCCGGGCGGCGGCCGGCGGGGGAGGCAACUUCAUCGUCUCGCCGCUGUCCAUCCACGCGGCGCUCGCGCUGGUGGCCGCCGGCACGCGGGGCGAGACGCGCGAGGAGCUCCUGGGGUUCCUCGGCUCAGCGUCGCUCGACGAGCUGCACGGCGCGGCGGCGACGGAGCUGGCGGGCAGGCUCAACGGCCUGACCCAGACGUCCUUCGCGUGCGGCGUGUGGGUCGACCGCGGGCAGGCGCUGGAGCCGGAGUUCAUGGCCACAGCCGCGUCGGGGUACGCUGCCACCGCGGAAUCCGUGGAUUUCUCCUCGGACCCCGAGCAGGCGAGGCGGCGAGUGAACGCCUUCGUCGCCGGCGCGACGGACGGGCGCAUCCGCGACGUCCUCCCGCCCGGCUCGGUCGGCUCGUCCACGCGGGUCGUCCUCGCCAACGCGCUCUACUUCAACGGGACGUGGUCUCAGCCGUUCGACCAGUCGGCGACCUUCACCGCCCCGUUCCACGUCCCAGACGGCACCAUCGUGCGCGCGUCGUUCAUGACGACGGGCCGGUUCCCGUUCGAGCAGCACGUCGCCGUCUACCCGGGCUUCAGGGCCCUCAAGCUUCCCUACAAGAACGACGGCGACCAAGCGGGGCGGCGAGCCGAGGCAGCAUUCUACAUGCUACUCCUCCUCCCGGACGGCGGCGCCGCUCUCGGUCUCGCCGAUCUCUACGACAAGGCGGUCGCGACGCCGGGGUUCCUCAAGAGCCACACGCCGGCGGUCCAGGUUCCCGUCGGGCGGUUCAUGGUCCCGAAGUUCAAGUUCACGUUCGAGUUCGAGGCGUCGUCGGACAUGCAGAAGCUCGGUGUCACCAGGGCUUUCGAAGGCGGCGACUUCUCGGGCAUGGUGAGCGGCGGGGAUGGGCUCUUCAUUGCCGGCGUGUACCAUAAGGCCACCAUCGAGGUGGACGAGCUGGGCACCGUGGCCGCCGCAGCAACGGCCGUGGUCAUCUUUCAGAGUGCAAGGGCGCCACGGCCUCCGGUGGAUUUCGUGGCGAACCGGCCCUUCCUAUUCGCCAUUGUUGAGGAGAAAACCAGCGCUGUGCUGUUCCUUGGCCAUGUGAUCAAUCCCCUCGCUGAAUGA